AUGGCGAAAGCUUCCCAUACAAUGCAAAAAGGUGCUGUCGUCCAGCACACCGCCAAAGCCAAUAACCUGAAAGGUCAACUGCCUGAAGGGAGCAUGGAAUCUUUGGCAACAACCAUUCGUUUCGUCACGCUGAACUGCCGAACACUAUCGAGUGAACUCCAACGAGCCGCUCUAUCCAGACUUCUGCGAGAUCUCUGUGUGCCUUUUGCUGCACUGCAGGAAACACACAUGAGAGAUCGGCCCGUCAUCAGCAUCGAAAAUUACACUAUAUACUGCGGCGAUGCUGAUGAGAACAGAGUAGGUGGCUGCGCGAUAGCUGUGAGGAACAAUUACCAGAACCUGGUGGAGGAAUUCGGCUCAACGUCGUCUAGAUGCGCCUUUCUACGACUGCAGGAUCGCGGAGGACGUAAACUCUGGAUCGUAAGUGCUCACGCACCUACGGAAACCGCUGAGGACAACAGUAAGGACAGCUUCUAUGAUGAACUCAAUGCGUGGUCAUUGUCGCAAUCGACGCAAAUGCGAAGAUGGGACUCGAACAGCAAUCCGAUGUGCUUGGAAAAUGCUCGACUACGUUCUGGCGAGGACUCUGACCACCGUCCAGUUCUUCUCAGCUUCAAGAUACGGUUCCACAAGAGAAAUCGAGGAGUUCCUCUUCAACCGAAAAUCGACAUGGCAGGUCUGAAAGACGAUGAAUGCAGAAGAAAAUUCCGCCAACGACGCUGCAAGGGAAACGCUUCCGGUUCUGUUGCCGCGGAAAAAGUUUGCCUUGCAUCUGUGAAAACAAAAUCCACAUACAAUUCUGUAUGUGUCGCGUGCAGCGCUGGUGACUUCAACCAGGAAAAGCGUCUCAGAAGGAAGCUGCGUCGUCAACUGCAACAAGACCGCGAUAACGAGUGGACGUCAAGAGCGAUGGAGUUUGAGAAGACGUGGGAGGACAGGAACCCGCGGAAAGCCUACGCUCUACUAAAACAGUAUAGCGGCAAAAUGAAAAGAUGUUCCCAUGUCCUCAACACUGCUAAUGGGGUAGCUGUCGGUGAAGCAACCCUUCCAAUUUGGAAGGAACACUUCAAGACCUUGCUGAACCGACUAGCACCGUCAGCUCCUGAACUCGAACAGUUCAUAGACCGACAUAUGCGGUUAACGAGGAGCCACCGACCGAGUCGGAGGUCGUGGUCUGUAUUCAGAAAAUGA